AUCCUUCUGUCUGUUUCUCUGAAGCAUAAAAUGUUAAAACGUAGCAAAUAAUCGGAGGGUUUUGCUGGAGAGAAAAUGGGAAGAGAAGGAGCCGAUGAAACAAAAUCAUUCAAAGGGUGGUUCUUGAGGGCACUUGUGUUUGUUUUGGUUGCUUUUGUUGUCGCAGUGGCUGUGUACACCAUUCUAACCUACUUUCAUCUCCGCAAGCAAGCCUCAGAUCAUAAUCAUUCCCAUGCUAUACUGAACAAAUACACAGAUGCCCUUGAAAUAUCUCUACAAUUCUUCGACAAUGGGAUUGGAUGGAGGGGGGAUUCGGGGUUGUUAGAUGGGGAGGAUGCAAAUUUGGACUUAUCCAAUGGAAUGUUUGAUGCUGGUGAUUUGAUCAAGUUUGGUUUUCCAAUGGCGUUUACUGCAACAGUGUUGUCCUGGGCAAUUCUCGAGUACGGUGAUAGGAUGAAUGCAGUGAAGCAACUGGGAUAUGCGCAGGAGUCCCUUACGUGGAUCACUAAUUUCCUCAUCAAUGCUCAUCCUUCUGCAAAUGUGCUCUACAUCCAGGUUGGGGAUCCUGAAGUGGACCGUGGAUGUUGGGAAAGACCUGAAACCAUGACAGAGGAAGGGUCUCUAACACAGAUCAAUAUUUCAUACCAGGGCUCGGAUGUUGCAGCAGAAACUGCUGCAGCUAUGGCAUCAGCAUCCCUUGUUUUCAAGAAAAUUGACUCAUCUUAUUCUGAUUUGCUCCUAAUGCAUGCCAAGCAACUGUUCAAUUUUGCUAGUACUUAUAGAGGUUCUUAUAGCAUCAGUGUUCCGCAAGUGCAGAAAUACUACAACUCCACAGGAUAUGGAGAUGAACUCUUGUGGGCAGCUUCCUGGCUUUAUCAUGCAACUAAAGAACAGUCAUAUCUUGAAUAUAUAACUAAGCAAAAUGGUCAAGCAUUUGCGGGCUGGGGAAGUCCUACUUGGUUUAAUUGGGACGACAAGCAUGCUGCAACUCAGGUCUUGCUGUCCAGAGUAAACUUGGUGCAAAUGAAACAUCAAUUCCUGAGAACCUUGAUCGCCAGAUAUAUAGGGAAACUGCUGAGGCCAUUGUCUGUAGUCUUCGACCAGACUCACCAACUGCCACAUCCAACUGAACAAAGACUUGAUAUGGAUUACACAAUGGAACUCACUUCAGCACCCUGUGGCUUCUGCAUUUUCCUUGCUGUUCUUUAUAGUGAUUACAUGCUUACAUCACAGACUGAAACACUGUAUUGCAGUGGGAAUUUCUACAAGCCAGAUGAUGUUCGCAAGUUUACCAUGUCACAGGUGGAUUAUGUCUUGGGAGAAAAUGCAAUGAAGAUGAGCUAUCUUGUUGGGUAUGGAAGCAGCUAUCCUCAAUAUGUACACCACAGGGGAUCUUCAAUUCCAGUUGAUGCCGCUCCUGGCUGCAAGGAUGGAUUCAAAUGGCUCUACUUGGAUGAUCCUAACCCAAAUGUAGCUCAAGGGGCACCGGUUGGCGGUCCCUUCCCCAAUGUACCUAUAUUGAUUAUCGGAACAACUCAAUGUGAACCUACCACAAUCAAGCAAAAACCUAUUUUUGAUUAUUUACUUUACUAGGUUAGUAGGUUUUAACUCUUACUUUAUAUUAUAUUAUGAGGCUUUUAGCUCAUCAUCUAUUAAAAUUGAAAAAAAUAA